UUCGCUUUUACAUCAAACGCGAAGAGUCCGUUUUAGUGAGCGGUCGUGUUUAGGCUUGUGGCACACGGCUAAUCACGUUUUUUUGUGAAUAAAAAAUUUAAAAAAAUACAAAAAAAAUAUUAAAAUUUAUUAAAAAUCCACAAAAAAAAAAUUGUAAAAGUAGCAAAAAUCGAGCUAAGUGUAAAGAAAUUCGCUUUUUUUUUUCUCUUCUCUUUGUACCAUCAAAAAGGAGAAGACUAUACUAGUUUUUUUUGGCAGUAGAUGAAAUCAGGUGGUCCAAAUUAUCAAAUGGCUUCACUUUAUGUUGGUGAUUUACAUCAAGACAUCAAUGAGUCUGGACUCUUCGAAAAGUUUUCCACCGCUGGUCCAGUAUUGUCAAUUCGUGUGUGCCGCGACGUCGUUACACGUCGUUCAUUAGGUUAUGCUUAUGUUAACUUUCAGCAACCAGCAGAUGCUGAACGUGCUUUGGACACCAUGAACUUUGAUUUGAUUCGUAACAAACCUAUACGUAUUAUGUGGUCUCAACGUGACCCUUCUCUUCGUCGCUCAGGAGUAGGCAAUGUUUUUAUCAAGAAUCUUGAUAAGAGUAUUGAUAAUAAGGCAAUUUAUGAUACCUUUUCGGCAUUUGGCAAUAUUUUAAGCUGUAAGGUAGCUACUGAUGAGAAGGGUAAUUCAAAAGGCUAUGGUUUCGUCCAUUUCGAAACCGAGGAGGCUGCAAAUACAUCAAUUGAGAAAGUAAACGGUAUGUUGCUGAACGCUAAAAAGGUCUAUGUUGGUAAGUUUAUUCCACGUAAGGAGCGUGAGAAGGAACUCGGUGAGAAAGCAAAACUUUUCACAAAUGUUUAUGUCAAAAAUUUUGGUGAAGAUUUUGAUGAUGAGAAAUUGAAGGAUUUGUUUGAACCCUAUGGAAAAAUAACUAGCUACAAGGUCAUGAUUAAGGAUGACGGUAAGAGCAAGGGUUUUGGUUUUGUUGCAUUUGAAGCAACUGAAGCUGCUGAAGCCGCUGUAGAUGCUCUUAAUGGUAAAGAUAUGGGUGACGGUAAAAUGCUUUACGUUGCUCGCGCUCAAAAGAAAGCUGAACGUCAGCAAGAGCUCAAACGUAAAUUCGAGGAACUCAAGAAGAAACGUCAUGAAUCUGUUUAUGGUGUUAAUUUAUAUGUUAAGAAUCUUGACGACUCCAUUGAUGAUGAACGUUUGCGUAAAGCAUUCUCUCGUUACGGUACUAUUACCUCAGCUAAGAUUAUGACUGAUGAAGAGGGCCGUUCAAAGGGUUUUGGUUUUGUUUGCUUCAAUUUACAUCAUGAAGCCACUUGUGCUGUAACUGAAAUGAAUGGUUGCGUUGUAGGUUCUAAGCCCCUAUAUGUAGCCAUAGCUCAAAGUAAGGAAGUCCGUAAAGCUCAUUUAGCUUCACAAUAUAUGCGUCAUAUGUCUGGUUUACGUAUGCAACAAAUCGGUCAAAUUUAUCAACCCAACACAACUGGUGGAUUCUUUGUACCAACAAUGGCACCUAGCCAACGCUUCUUUGGUCCCCAAGUAACACCAAUGCGUAAUACACCAAGAUGGGCACAACAAGUACGUCCAACUGGUGGUGUACAAAGCGUUGCUCAAGCUAAUGCUGCAGCAGCAGCUGGCUUCCAAAAUGCAGCUAUGGCAGCUACUGGAGGAGCACAAUUCCGCCCAACUGGUGGCGCUGGACGUGCACAACCACAAGCUGUACCAGCAGCUCAUACAGCUGCUGCUGCAAAUACUAUGCGUCAAACUGGUGCUCGUGCUAUAACAGGACAACCAACAGUUGCUGCUAAUAUGCAAAUGGCAGGUGCUCCAAUUGCAGCAGGACCACAACGUACUUCUAAUUACAAGUACACAUCUAAUGUACGUAAUCAACCAGUUGUUCAACAAGUUCCACCUACCCAGCAAGGACAACAAAUUCAUCAAAAGGGUCAAGAUAAAAUUUUGGCAUCACUAUUGGCCAACGCUAAACCACAAGAACAGAAGCAGCUGUUGGGCGAGCGUCUUUACCCAUUGAUUGAGCGUAUGCACUCCCACUUAGCUGGCAAAAUCACUGGCAUGUUGCUUGAAAUUGAAAACACUGAGCUAUUGCACAUGAUUGAAGAUAACGAGGCUUUGAAAGCUAAGGUUGAAGAAGCUGUAGCUGUUCUUCAAGUUCAUCGUGUUACUGAACCAACCAGUUAAACAUGUGACGCUAAAAUUUUAAAUUUAAUAACAUAUACACUUUAAGCUCAAAAAAAUUUAAAAAAAUUCAUAGAUUAAAAAUUCCAAAAUCUAAAAAGGAACCAAAAAAAUUGUAAAAUUUCCUUCAAUUUUAAACAUAACAGCUUUUCAAAAAUAAUUUGUUUGUUUUAUUUUGUCUUGGAUUUUUCUGGAAAUUCAUUUUAUCAAUUCUUUUUUUUUUACACGUCUUGUAUUGAUUUACACUUUGUUUAACUUGAACUAAAAUCAACAAACUUUUUAUUACCGGCGAAAAAAAGCAAUAACACCAUUUGAAAUAUAAAAAAAAGGGAGAUCAAUAGAUCUUCAAGCAACGUACUCUCAUGGUACACAUGCUAUGGUGGUUUCCUUUCUUUUAUAUUUUGAAUUAUACGAAAAGAAAUUUUUUUUGUUGAACUAUUAAAAAAAGUCUACAGAAUCUUUAACAAUUUUGAUAAAUCAAGGAAAUGAAUAAAAAAAUGAAAAAAAAGGAAAAGAAAAAAAUCAUGAUAAAAAAUUAAAAAGAAACGAAAACAUGAACAUAUAAAUUUUGCUACUUGAAACAAAUACAAAUAUAUAAUUAAUGUAUGUAUAUUAAAAAGACAAAAAAAUUGUAAAACAAAUAAAAACUAAACUUUGUUGGGAGUUGCUCUUGCUAAGUUUAACAAUUAAAAUAUGUAACUUAUAACGACAAACAAUUUACAAAAAAUACAAAAUACAAAAUAAAAAGUAAAAAUAAAAUGCGAUCGGUUGGCAAAUCUUAUUCAACUUAUAUUUCAAAUAUUUACGAUUGUAAUAAAUAUCGUCCAAAAUCUAAAAUAACUUUUCACACACAAUCAUUUAAUAGCAACAAAUAGAUUUAUUUAAUUUUCUUUAAAUUAAGUAAAUAAUACACAUAUGCAGGAAAUAAUUUUGUGUUUUGAUAUGAUCAUUUCAGCUAAAUUUGAUUGUUUAUACGUAUUCAUUAAAUGUCUAUUUAUCCUAUACGUAUUUAUAUUAUAUACAAAAAUAUUAAUGGAUUUAUAUAUUUCAGAUAAAUAAAAUUCAAAUUGGGCGAUAAAA